AUGCUCCACCAGCAAACCUCCCAUGGCGCUCCGCAGGAAGAAGAGUUCAAGCUGAAGGACACGAACCCGCAGCUGGGGGAGCGGUGGCCGGGCGGCGGCGCCAGCGGGUGGAUGGGUGGCGCCGGCGGAUGGUUCGCCGGCGGCAGCGACAAGCUGACCAGCACCUACGAUCUUGUGGAGCAGACCUACUACCUCUACGUUCGCGUGGUGAAGGCCAAGGAGCUGCCCACUAGCCCCGUCACCGGGGGCUGCGACCCCUACGUGGAGGUCAAACUGGGGAACUACAGGGGCACUACGAGGCACCUGGAGAAGAAGGUCAAUCCGGAGUGGAACCAGGUCUUCGCCUUCUCCAAGGACCGGAUCCAGUCGUCAACGCUGGAGGUGUUCGUCAAGGACCGGGAGAUGGUGGGGCGCGAUGACUUCCUCGGUCGCGUGGCCUUUGACCUCAACGAGGUCCCCACGCGGGUUCCCCCCGACAGCCCGCUGGCACCGCAAUGGUACCGCCUGGAAGACCACCGCCGCCGGGAAGGAAAGCUGCGCGGGGAGGUGAUGCUGGCGGUGUGGGUCGGCACGCAGGCGGACGAGGCCUUCCCGGAGGCGUGGCACGCCGACACCGCCGCCGUGCAGGGGGAGGGCGUGGUCAACGUCCGCUCCAAGGUCUACGUCUCCCCGAAGCUGUGGUACCUGCGGGUGAACGUCAUCGAGGCGCAGGACGUGGAGCCCGCGGACCGGCGGCGGCGGGGGGUGGCGGAGCUGUUCGUGAAGGCGCAGGUGGGGAACCAGGUGCUUAAGACCCGGGCUUGCGGGGGCGCCACCGCCCCGCUGUGGAACGAGGACCUGGUUUUCGUGGCGGCGGAGCCGUUCGAGGAGCAGCUGGUGCUGACGGUAGAGGACCGUGUGCACACCGGCAAGGAUGAGGUGCUGGGGAGGAUCUCGCUACCGCUGGGGGGCUUCGAGCGGCGGCUGGACCACCGCCCGGUGGCGUCGCAGUGGUUCAACCUGGAGAAGUUCGGCUUCGGGGCGCUGGAGGGCGAUCGUAGGAAGGAGCUCAAGUUCGCGAGCCGCGUGCACCUUCGGGUCUGCCUGGAGGGCGCUUACCACGUACUAGACGAAAGCACCAUGUACAUCAGCGACCAGCGCCCCACGGCGCGACAGCUGUGGAAGCCGCCCGUCGGCGUGUUGGAGGUCGGCAUACUUGGCGCGCAGGGGCUGCUGCCCAUGAAGGCCAGGGACGGGCGCGGCGCAGCCGACGCCUACUGCGUCGCCAAGUACGGGCAGAAGUGGGUCCGCACGAGGACCGUCAUCGACAGCUUCAGUCCCCGCUGGAACGAGCAGUACACCUGGGAGGUCUACGACCCCUGCACCGUCCUCACCCUCGGGGUCUUCGACAACUGCAACCUCGGCGGCGGCGGCGGCGGCCCCGCCAGGGACGUGAGGGUGGGGAAGGUGAGGAUCCGGCUGUCGACGCUUGAGACGGACCGGAUCUACACCCACUCCUACCCGCUCGUCGUGCUCCAGCCCUCCGGGGUGAAGAAGAUGGGGGAGCUGCAGCUGGCGGUGCGCUUCACCUGCCUCUCCGUCGUCAACAUGGUGCACCUGUACGGCCGGCCGCCGCUGCCCAAGAUGCACUACGUCCACCCCUUCACGGUGAACCAGGUGGACAGCCUGCGGCACCAGGCGAUGAGCAUCGUGGCGGCGCGGCUGGGGCGGGCGGAGCCGCCGCUGAGGAAGGAGGUGGUGGAGUACAUGCUCGACGCGGACUCCCACAUGUGGAGCAUGCGGCGGAGCAAGGCCAACUUCUUCCGCAUCAUGUCGCUGCUCUCCGGGGCCGUCACCAUGACCCGCUGGUUCGCCGACGUCUGUCACUGGAAGAACCCCAUCACCACCACGCUGGUGCACGCCCUCUUCCUCAUCCUAGUCUGGUACCCGGAGCUGGUCCUCCCCACCGUCUUCCUCUACAUGUUCCUCAUCGGCCUCUGGAACUACCGCUUCCGGCCGCGCCACCCACCGCACAUGGACACCCGCCUCUCGUGGGCCGACGUCGUCCACCCCGACGAGCUCGACGAGGAGUUUGACACCUUCCCGACGUCGCAACCGCAGGACGUGGUGCGGAUGCGGUACGAUCGCCUGCGCAGCGUCGCCGGCAGGAUACAGACGGUCGUCGGCGACAUGGCCACGCAGGGGGAGAGGCUGCAGUCGCUGCUGGGUUGGAGGGACCCGCGCGCCACCAGCCUGUUCAUCGUCUUUUGCCUCUGCGCCGCCGUGACCCUCUACGUGACGCCAUUCCGGGUGGUGGCGCUCGCCGCCGGCCUGUACCACCUCCGCCACCCCAGGUUCCGCAGCAAGCUGCCCUCCGUUCCCAGUAACUUCUUCAAGCGGUUGCCCUCAAGGAUCGACAGCAUGCUCUGA